UAUAAAUAAAAUUAAGAAAAUGUCGGUAUGAAAACGUAAAUGUUAUUGUUGUGUUUGUGGUCCUAACCUCCAGAAAAACACAUGUAAUUACACAUAUCAACAUCAUCAGGGAAGAUUUAUAUCAUUAAAUCCUCCAGCUGUUGGAUCAGACAACCCAACAAAAUAAAUUAUAAAAAUAGCAAUUAUUCAGAUAAAAACAGAUAAAGUGGAGUUUAUUCGAAUCAAACUGAAAGACAAUUAGAAUAUACACUUGAGUACAGAUCAAAAAAUCAUCAACAAAAAAUGGUUCAGUUAAAUACAAGAGCAAAUAGCUCAACUCUAAUAAAUGCUAGUAAUCAACAACAACAACAACAACAGCAUCAACAACAAUUUCAACGUUUAAAAGUUGAAGAUGCAUUGUCAUAUCUUGAUCAAGUUAAGCUUAAAUUUAUUUAUCAACCACAAGUAUACAAUGAUUUUCUUGAUAUUAUGAAAGAAUUUAAAUCACAAAGUAUUGAUACACCUGGUGUUAUAACAAGAGUUAGUCAUUUGUUUAAAGGCCAUCCAGAGUUAAUUGUUGGUUUUAAUACAUUUUUACCACCAGGUUAUAAAAUUGAAGUACAAGCUAAUGAACAGGGUCAUGCUUAUCAAGUAUCAGUCAGUAUACCAAGUGAACAAUCAACACAUACAUCAUUAUUAUCAUAUUGUACAGCUGCAUCACCAUCAAAUCAACAACCACAAUCAUCAUCUGUUAUGCAAAUAAUGUCAAGUGAUGGUAAUAUUCAUCAUUCAAUGUCAAAUAAUAUAUCAAGCAGCAUGAAUAGAAAUAAUAUGAAUGUUCAUCCAUCAUCAGCUGGGUCAUUACCAUCAUUUAAUAAUUCACAUGUUACAUCAGCUCAAGCACAAGCAGCUGUUAAUCAAUCUCUGAAUCAAGCACAAGCUGGUACAUCACUAAAUGAACCAGUUGAAUUUAAUCAUGCUAUUAAUUAUGUUAAUAAAAUUAAAAAUAGAUUUCAAGGACAACCAGAUAAGUACAAACGAUUCUUGGAAAUUCUUCAUACAUAUCAAAAAGAACAAAGAUCUGUUAAAAAUGUUGCUGGUGCCAGUAUGAGCUGUGGUGGUAUUCCUACAGCUGCUAAUGCAUCUGGCUCGAAAUUAACUGAGGCUGGAGUAUAUGCUGAAGUUGCUAAACUUUUUGAAAAUCAUGAAGAUCUUCUUGCAGAAUUUGGAAGAUUUUUACCUGUUUCUGGUGUUAAUUCAUUUUUGCGACAUCAUUUAUAAUAAAUAUUAUGAAAUAUCAUUUUUACUACUAGAUUAUAGAAUAGAUGUACAAGUUAAUGAACAAGAUUCUGCUUAUCAAAUAUAAUUUAA